CAUAGAGUGUCGUGACUAGUCGUGACUCGGACAACCAAUCACACUGGUACAUCAGCUUUUACAACUUUCAAGUUGUGACUGGCUGUAAAAUGGAAGAACAAGAAGUCGAAGAAAAUCCACCCGUACUUCCUUACAAGUCUAUACACAGCUUUGUCAAGUCCCCUGUGAGAUUCAUCAACAGAACAGGAAGGGCAGUACGUGUAAUCUGGAUAAACUAUGAAGGACAGGAGGUGUGCUACUCUACUCUGCUUACAAACGGUCAACUGGGUAUGAACACUUUUGUGACUCAUCCGUGGAUAGCAGUGGAUGCAAAAACGAAUGAAAGAAUGUUGUUGAACUUUAGGAAAACAUAUCUCCCCGGUGAACCGGAAGUACGGCGGAUGGAUUCUGAGCAUGGUGAAGAUUCUGUUGUAAGAGCCGAAGUACUCAUAACAUUGCCCGGUAAGGAUUUUUAUAGACUGUCGUUAAAGGGGCUGUGUCACGGCAAUCCAGUUCAUUUUGUUUAAUUUGGCCAAUUACUCACCCUCAAUUACUAUGUAAAUUAAAGUAAGCAAAGAAAUGAAAGGAAUAUGACAAAAUCAGAGAUCCGAGACAAACAAAUGUGCCUCCUGAACAUUAUUUUUGAAGUUGCAAGCAGCAGGGAUCAACUUUGAAAAACUGUUAGGCUGAACAGUUUUCAAAAACCCUAAUUUCAAUCCGUUUCAAUCUUCUUCAGUUUUGCCCAUCCGUGGCAUCUGUUGUUUCUGUUAUGUUAUUUUAACUGUCCUUUAAAGUUUUAAGCUGUUAUUUUUAUGUUUCUCUUAAUUUAACGGGCAUUUUGUAAUUUCCUAAUUUGCGGAAUUUCGUGACACAGCUCCUUUAAGGUCCGGGUAAUUUAAGCAAUAGACCACACUUUCUAUGGGUUUACCGGCGUGAUAACCCACGCGGGAUGUUGGGAGAACACGAGAAAAGCUUGCAAAACACGAGCCGAAGGCGAGUGAUUUACAAGCUUUUCGAGUGUACUCACAACAUCCCAAGUGGGUUAUCACGCCGGUAAACCCAUAGAAAGUGUGGUCUAUUGCUUUUAUAAAAUAACUUCUAGUAGAAUGGAGUCUUUUAGGUAAAAAAUAUGGUUUUAGUACCGUGAUCAAGUCACGUCUUCUCUCUAAAGUCAUCAUAAGCCAAUCAUAACUCUCGAUUUAAUAGCGUUGACCUUUCUCAAAACUCAGAAAACUCAGUUCAGUCAAACAACAAACAGCAGCACUUCAAAACACGAGUUUUUGCACUCAUUACAUGAUAACUUUUUUUUUUUUUUUUUUUUUUUUUUUUUUUUUAUUUGCUUUACUUAACCCAAUAAUUACAAUAUUGAACACUGCUUACACUGCUUACAUUAUUUACAACAUUCAUACCAUACUUACAAUACUGACAAUACUUAUUGCUUACAUUGCUAACAAUACUACUGUUUUCAAACAUUAUUACAUUUCGUAUGCUUCAAGUACACAGUUGCAUCGGAAGAAACUUAUUUAAGGAUAGUUGGCGUUAUUGAGGCAGGCUAAGCUACGGAUGAAAGACAUAGAGAAUAUCAGGGGCGUUGGGAAUAGCGCCAUGGUAGAAACGAUAGUUUCUACGUGAUGUCGUGUAGGAAUGACCAUUGUUUGGGCAGAACAUUGUUUGCUUCUGCUUGUGCUUGUAUGUUGUAAAUUGUCUUUAGGUGUUUGAGAAAUCCUUGCAAUAGAGGUAUAGCUUCUUUUUUGUUUUGCAGAGCCAGAUAUAGUGCCUGGCAAUAAGAAAACAAAAGUUGAUCUGGCGUUGAAGUUUAGAAGAGUCUGAUCUCAGGCCUAGUGAAACAGUCAUGUCUGCAGAGUAACUAUCGGGAAUAAUUUGGCAAAGUUUUAAUCGCGUUAUGAUGCUCUCCCAGAAGAGCGCCGUUUUGGGGCAGGACCAGAAAAGGUGUACGAGUUUUUUCUGGUUCUUUUUACAAAAGGAGCAGUUGGAGUUUUCUUUUACUCUUAUCUUAGUUAAGAAAGCGUUUGUUGGUAUUCUUCUGUGCAGCAAUUUAAAUUGAAAUUCCCUGAGUUUUAUGCUUUUUGUGAUUUUAUGAGCUAGCUGGUAGGUCGCACCCCACGUUAUUUCGUUUUGACCUAAGUUGCAGUCUUGGUUCCAUUUUUGCUGGCUUGUAGUAGGGGGGGCACUUUUCUUUGUAAUUAAUUUGUCAUACACCAACUUGCUUGCUUUUUGGGCUUUCAUUAGUUUUGUCGAAAAGCUUUCGAAACUAUUACCUUCGUUUGUGUGGUCACCUUGGUUGAAUGUGUUGCAUAGCUUUUUAAGAGCAGAAAUUAUUCCACAGUAUGCCAAGGGUUGGACCUUGAUGUCGUAUUUGUUUAAAAGUUCUGGUGGAGUGAGGAAUUUUCCUUCUCUGUUCCUUAAGUGCUUAACUUUUGUGAUGCCUUUACGAUACCAUUCUUUAAAAGAAAAUAGGGCUGUCGUUAAUCCUUACAAGUGAGUUGUACCAUAUGCCUUGUUCUGAAAGCUGGCUCUCUGAUGUUAUCCUCUCUUCAAAAUUGAUUUCUGGCCAGAUUAGGAGAAUUUCCUUUAAGAAACUGUCUUGCGUUUUGAAGAUAUUAGCUAUGUCUAUCUUAUUAAGGUUGCUUGUGAAAGGUAGGGUACACUCAAACUUUUUCAGUUCAAGAUCUAGAAAAAGUUUCCAUUUACCCUGAUUAUCUGUAUCCAGGUACUUUUUUAUCCAAGUGGUUUUUAGCGCUUUAUUGAAAGAUAGUAUGUCAAUCAUUUUGAGGCCACCUGCUGGGUAAUUGUUAAUCAUAAUAUCUCGCUUUAUUUUAUCGCCCUUUCCGUUCCAAAGGAACAAGUAAAAGAGCUUGUUAAUCUCGCUAAUUAUUUUUUGUUUGUGCACAAGGGUGCCAAGACGUACACAAUUUGAGAAGCUACUAAGCUUUUCAGAACAGUGAUCUUCCCACUUAAGGUUAAUCUACGGUAUUUCCAGUUGCUUAGAAUAUUGUUAAUUUUUUCCAGUUUUUCCUUAUAAUUUAGAAGUACAGUGUUUUCAGGGUCUGUCGUAAACCAAACGCCUAAAGAUUUUACUUUGUUUGUUUGCCAUCUGAAAUUUCUUUCUGGAAGAAGAAUUUCUGUUUUUCCACUAUAUGUUCCGAUCCAAAUUGCUUCUGUUUUUUUUUACUGAGUUUGAGACCCGAGGCUUCUCCAAAAUCGUCGAGUGUGUUGAGAGCAGCUGAGAGCGACGUUUGUGAACCAUUCAAUAUUAAGGUUGUAUCGUCUGCGUAUUGACUUAUUUUAAUUUCCUCUUGGUUAACGUGUAUUCCUCUGAUAUUGCUGUUUCUUUUAAAAGCCUUGGCUAAGACUUCAACUGAAAGAACAAAUAGAUAUGGAGACAACGGGCACCCCUGCCUGACCCCUCUUUCAAUUUUAAAGAAAUUGCUUGUCCAGCCGUUGUUUAAGAAGCAGCUCUCUAUGUUGCUGUAAAGGCAUUUGACCCAGUUUACAACACUUGGGCCGAAACCGAAGUAUUGAAGAGAAUUUAUGAUAAAAGGCCAUUCAAUCGUGUCAAACGCCUUUUCGAAAUCAAGAAAUAAUAAUAGCCCUGGGAUAUUUUUUUCUUUGGUAAAACGAAUAACAUAGUCUAUUAAUCGUAUGUUCUCGCCAAUAAACCUGCCUUUCAUAAAGCCAGUUUGAUCACAGCUGAUGAGAUCGGGAAGAACCUUUUUCAGCCUGUUAGCCACAGCCUUUGCUGCAAUUUUGUAGUCGCAGUUGAGAAGAGUAAGCGGUCUCCAGUUUUUAAUGAAAUACGGCUCAGCGUCUUUCUUGGGAAUGAGUUUGAUUACUCCUCUUCUUUGUGUGAUGGAAAGCUGACUCAUUUCGUGCGCAUAAUUAAGAGCAUUAAUCAAUAAGUUUGAUAUGUUUGUCCAAAAUACUCUAUAAAAUUCUGCAGGUAGCCCAUCAGAUCCAGGGGUUUUUCCCUGUUCCAUGGUUUUCAGGGCUGCAAGGCAUUCCCUUUCAGUUAGCAGGCCUUCACAGUUGUUCCGUUGUUCGUCAUUCAGGACGGUGUCGUUUUCGUGUUUAAAAAAAUCAUAUGUGUCAAUUAAAUUGUGUAUAUUUCUGUUGGAUGUAUAUAGAUUCAUAAAAAAAGAUUCCCCUUCUGCUAAUAUUUCCUGAUCCGAAGUAAUAAAGUUAUUUUCGUCCACUUUAAGUUGGCUUAUAAUGCCUUGCUUAUAGUGUCUCUUUUCUAGGUUGAGGAAAUAUUUCGUAUUUUUUUCUCCUUCAUUAUGCCAUUUAAUUUUAGCUCUCAAUAUGGAACCUUUCGUACGAGUCUCAAUAAUUCUUUCUAACUCACUCUUUAGAUCAUUCAGUUGUUCUGCAAGUUCAGAAUUUUCUGUUACGCUAGAGUCUCCGUUCUCCAUUUUCGAUUCUAGUUUGGAAAUUGCAUGCUCUAGUUCUGCCUCACGGCCCUUUGUUUUCUUAGUUUUAUUCAUUGCGUAUUGGAGCGAUUUUUCCCGUAUUUUAAAGCUUAAUCAUGUCCCACAAUAGAGCAGAGUUUACCAUGUCAUCGUUUUCAUAUUCGUCUUGAACUUCCUUAAUCGUUGUCUUAAUAAGAUUAACAUAAGCAGUUUCGGUUAAAAGAGAGGUAUUUAAUUUCCAAAGGCCGGGUCCUCUGCUAUUUGCAUGAAGAGACAGAUCUAAAGUAAUCAUGGAAUGGUCUGUUUUAUAUCCUGGCACUAUAUCGGUGUUAGUGACGUCCCCAAUAACGCUUUGGCUUAUUAAAAAGAAAUCAAGUCUACAGUAAACCUUAGGUUGUCGUUGUCUCCAAGUGUACCUUUUGUCAUCUGGAUUGUGAAUUCUCCAGACAUCGAGAAGAUCUAGGUUCUCUGAAAUUUCUUGAACGGUCUUCAAGCUAUUUUGGUGAGUUUUGGCAAUGCCACCUUUUUUGUCAUUUUCGAUGUUAAGAACAAGGUUGAAGUCACCGCCAAUUAUUAUGUCUUCACAUUUAAAAUUUAAAAGAUGAUCGUAAAAGUUUUGAAAGAAUGAAGGUUUAUCCUCGUUGGGAGCAUAGAUGUUAGCGAGGGUCAAAAAGCUUUUCGUUAGCUUUUAAGUCACAGAUAAUAAAUCUCCCUGCAGGGUCGGUGUAAAGUCUUUGGAGCUGAAGGUUAAAAUUAUUGUUAAAAAAGAAUACAUACCCCCUGCUUUGUUGCUUUCAAAAGAGGUGAAGUAAGCUUGAUAGCCCCAUUCUGCUUUCCACAAGUGAUUUGUUUUUUCUAUACAGUGUACUUCUUGGAGCAUGCAUAUUGAUGGCCUUUUGGCGCGAAGCCAAUUAAAUACUUCUCUUCUUUUAGCGUCAUCCCUAAGUCCCCUGACAUUCAAUGAAGUUAUUUUCAAAGUCACGAUUUGUUCAAGUCUUUUGUAAUAAACGUUGUCUCGACGGGAAAAAAACAUGUGCGCCUCAAUAAAGGAUUUGCAUUCUUUCUAUUAGGUGUAAAAUGAUUGAUGCAAAAGGUACUCGAUAUUUUAGACAAAUAAUGAAGACUAAAACGUGCAUAUAAUAUUAGACUGAAGCAAAUGAUCACAAAAGGUAAAUUAAACAAAAUAACACUUUGAAUAAAUAAAAAGAGUAGCGCAAAAACAAAAAAACAGAGCAUAGACAAAUUUGUAGUUAGUAAAAUUAAAUUACUUUGGCAGCGAGAAAUUUGAAUGGUUGAUAAGACGACCCUCUCCAGACUUAACGUAGAUUAUUUUGCCUGUUCAGUUUAUAAUUGAUCUAAGUCCUCUUCGGAAAAAAUUCUAACAGGGGAGCCAUAGGGUGAUGUCUUAACAAAAAUCUUACCAUCCAAAGACCAAACACUGAGUAGAGUACCCUCUUGUCUUCUCUUGUUCGCUUCUUUCAUGAUUCUACGCCUAUAAGCCGUGAGGUUCUCGUUUAUAAAAAUACGUUGUCGUUCCUGUGCAUUUGAAGGGUAGCUGGGAAAUAGAUCUUUGAUUUUGACAUCCUUUAGUUUGGUGCGUUCUUUGUAAAGUUUCGAUUUCACUUUAUGAUUGCAAAAUUUCACUAUAAUGGAUUUGCCCCGAUUCAGCUUGUGUGAAAUCUCUAUUUCUUCAGGCUCUAUGGUGAUAUUUAGGGCUUCAGCAACCUUGAUGACCGCGGCCUCCGUACUGGGAUACGCAUCUUCUGGAAUUCCAUGGAUUUCCAGCGAGUUCUUUCGAGUGUAUUGUUCCAAAUCAUCAUGGUGUUCCCACAGUCGAUCGGAUUCUUCUUUUUGCUUUCCUAGAUUCUCCUUUGUUGUUUUAAGCUCGUUCCUUGUUGAGGCUAGCAUGUGUUUUAAUUCUUUGUAUUUGUCCUUGGUCUUUUGCAAGGACUCUUUCAAAUCUUUAAGCUCCUUCUCGUAGAAGUUGGCAGAUUCUUUUAAUUCUUCGAUUUCCUUCUUCAGCGUUCGAUUUUCGCUAAGAACUGCAGCUAUUUGGAUUUGUAUGUCGACCAGUAGAGCCUUGAUUUCAAGAAGGCUAGGCUCUUCUUGUUCCUUGCCCGCUUCAAUCGAUUCUUCAACAUCAAUGUUUUCCUCGGCCGCCAUGUUGGAUUUCUUCGGAUUUCUUGGUUCGUCUUCGGUUGAGCCACGAUCACCUCUUUUAUUCUUUCUGGGAGGCAUUUACAUUGAAGAAGGUAGAUUACAUCGUCAGGGAGCCAGAUAGUGUAUUUUCAUAGGAGUAGGUGCCAGAGAGGGGUCAUCUUUGGCAAUGUUAGGCAGACACGAUGAAUACACGUCCGACCGCUGCGAUUUCCCGCCAAAAGUCCCCAUGAAAGCUGUUUGACAGGAAAAGUCAACACAAAUUCAUGCGAACGUUGAAUGAAAGAAUAAGUUCAUGGUUUGUUUACUACAGAAGUAGAAAUUAAUUGGACAUCAGACUGUACGCAGCUGUAUUUUGUUGAGUCGAUCCGUAAGAAUUUCAUUGUUACAGACGGAACUGACAGCUAUUGUAAUGGAGGACUUCAUUCACUUUUACAAGCCUCAGUGGUUUAAGAUCUGUUUUCUGGACUUUAUAAUGAUCAAGAAAUGCUGCGGUAACGACGUGGCUGCAUUUGCGAAGUUGUCGCUUGUAACUUUAUAUGCACGUACAGCGACCGAUGGAAAUAUGUCAGUGGUCAAAGGUUUCUUUGCCGUAGCCACAUAUUGGCGUUAAUAUUUGUCGAUUCGUGAAGUCAGGUGGUUUGAGGUAGGUUAUGGCAUCGAUAUCACCGAAUAAUUUGUGCAAAUGUUGGAAAAAACGAGCCCGAAACUCUGACAUCUUUCAUCAUCGUUGGCAGCUUGUUUACUGAACCUACAGCGGGCGAUUUUGUACCAUAUCUUGAUCAGAGAUCUCUUUUUGGAACAAUUUCUUUCAUUAAGGAAUUUAAUUUUGACAUAAAAUAAAUCAAGAAUGCUAAAACUAUCCGUUUUGUUGCUGGUUGGCACAUGGUUAAGUUUUCCUAGAGACUCUCUACACCAGAAAUUCACACAGUUGUUGUCUUUCUCUGCGAUUGGCAUCGUCGUGAAAUGUAAACUGUUUUCCAGCUUUGUACUUUAUAAGUUCUAAAGCUAUGGCAGUAGCGAAUUGUGAGGCUCAGUAAUAAAAUGUGGAAACCAACGCUUUUAAUAUUAAGAAGGGCUGGGUAAGUAACUUGUUCUGUUUUUUAGCCGUUCUAAAAUCGUUGUUUGCAGAUCAAUCCGGUUUUGUUUAUGGCUCGUGGUCCGGAUGCCUUUUUCUAUGGGUUUACCGGUAUAAUAAACCAUAGGUUUUUGACCAAUCAGAUCACGCGUACUAUCUCAGUUAUUUUAUAAUCAGAAAUAUUCCAGGCAGUAAAUUAUAGUUGUGCGUCCUCGAAGCGCCCAUUAUUCACACUUCUUGUUCGAAUGCUACAAAUCAACCUGUUCAAGAUGUAGAUGUGGGGGGUGGUAUGGAUGGCAAGCUUACUUUCUUGACGCCGUAGGUGGUAUCGACCAUUUUUGGUGUCCGUCAAUCGUGAUGUACUGAAAAACUGUCCUGUGAAUCGCGAUUGAAGUGAUCUCCAUGAAACUCCUGAACUGCCGAAAUCCUUGUUUGUGUAUAUGUACAUUGAAGAUCAAUCGAAGAAAUUAAAUCGUUAAUUUGGCCAAACAACCUUAACUAGCAUGAAUGGUGGCUUUGUUAAAGUUCACUUUUGAAUCUUUUGAUGAAACUUCACACUUCAAUGCGUUCAUACUCACCUAUAGCUGGCUUCCCUUGGGAAUUUAUUGGUUUGUAAAACUUUAGUAAUCUAAUUGAAGCACUGAAUGUUUUACAAAAUGGGACUUAUGCAACGUUUUUGGCAUUUUGUAUGACCUCUAUUGUUUGUGAAGCGUGAAAACGUAAAGAAUUGGUUUUGUGACUCGUGAAAUGCAAAAUUGUUGUUUGUGAACUCGUGAUAAGACCCGUAUGGUGGCCCACAACUCACGCGUCACAGCAAAACCAAAAACCUCAUGGCAGAAACAAAAACAUCAUGGCAAAACCAAAAACCUCACGGCAAAAACAAAAUACCUCAUGGCAAAACCAAAACCCUCACGGCAAAAACAAAAUACCUUACGGCAAAACCAAAACCCUCACGGUAAAAACAAAAUACCUCACGGCAAAACCAAAAACCUCAUGGCAAAACCAAAUACUUCGCAGCAAAAGCAAAAUAGCUUUGGUUUUGCUGUGAGUAAUAUUUGCUUUUGCCGUGAGGAAUUUGGUUUUUGCUGUGAAGUAUUUAGUUUUGCCGUGAGGUCUUUGGUUUCGCCGUGAGGUUUUUGGUUUUGUCAUGAGGUAUAUUUUUGUUUUUGCCGUGAGGUUUUUGGUUUUGCUGUGACAGUUGUGGGCCACCGUAGACCCCCCCCUGCCCCCCCUGCUAGAUACCUAGAGGAAUCUAAUUUUCAAAAUAGAAGUACAGUGCUGUACGUUAUAAAUUUUACUUUUCAUUUACUGUUAGCUUAUAUUGUUUUAUGAUACAGGAAAAUUAAAAAUUGAAGGAAAACCCUAAAUAAUAAGAAAAACAUUCCCUGAUAAGGGUAAUAACUAUAAGACAUAAAAUUUAUAAAAUAAAUAAAACUUAGUAGUUAAAGCCUACAUAAAGUUUUUUGCUAAAAAUAAUAUAUGCAUAUUGACCAAAAAGAUGAAAUUUCACCAGAGUAAAGUAAAUACUGAUACUGAUAAAUUUGAAUGAACGAAAGAUAAAAUCUAAAACUGAUACUGAAAUAUUGAUAAUCUCAUGGUUUCAGUUUAGACUAAAUCAAACAUCAAUGGAGGUUAAGAAUCCUUACUAGCUGGAGGCAAACUACAAGGCUGUGCUCUAACAAAAAUUGAAGGGAGCCCAAUUUCUCUGGGCCUGUAAAAUCUAGGGUGCCCAGCUCAUGAUUUGUAUGAAAAAACUAAGAUUUUCUAGUUGCCUGAUAGGAAAAGUUAGACGCCAGGGGCCGUGGGGCUUAGCCUGCAAAUACAGCCGUUUCUCCUAGCUCCUCACUGCCUGCAGGGACAUUUCACCAGGAGGAACAUCUGCUACUCAGCAACAGAAAUUCCAUCUAACUGAUGACGUAAAUUUAUGUUUACAUAAUAAAUCCGGUAUUCAUGGGGUUCCAAAUGUAAAUUUCUUUGAUUUCAUGUUUCUCCUGGUCGAUUAUGGUAAAGUUUUGUGAUCUAUUGCGAACGAGCUCCAGCAAAACUCAGAUGCUUUUUCUAAAAAUGAAUCUAUUCUAAGAAUAUUGACUGUUUUGUAAUAGAUUCAUCACAUUUACAUUUGGCCUUUGUCUGUCAUUCAUAAACAACAGGCAAAACAAUAUAACUACUACAUUGACCAAUCAGAGCUCCUAACCAAAUUCCGGACAGAUUUUACGCCAUCAGUAUGGAAUUUCUGUCACUAAGUUGCAGACAUUUCUCUUGGCAAAACGUCCUUAGCAGUGAGGAACAAGGAGAAACAGCUGUAUUCGCAAGCUACAUCGGGCUCUGCUAGAGCACAGCUCUGAACUAGUUGUUCAUUUACAAGUGUGGUUAAGGAUUUGAGUUCAGGACUACUGGGAACAAAUCCAGCAAGCAGUCAGGUUCUUACUUGAACUUGGGGCCUGACUGCCCACUCAGCCAGGCUGCCUCUUUUUACGUUCAAAAGGAUGUUAAACCAUUGCUUAAUACAUAGGGGGAUUCAGAUUUUCAAAAACAGUGGUAGUUCAGUCCAGGAUUUAGUUACCCUGUAAAAACAUGAUCAUUUUAGCAUCUAGUUGUAAACAAAUAAUCUAAUCUUGGUCAGUUUUCAAAGUGUUAGCCAUUUGGUGUUGUAGUUGUCUUUUUUAUGGAAAACAUAUUUAUUUAGAAGCACUAGUUUUUUUUGAAUUUAUGACACCAAAUUAACCACAAGUAAUGUUCAGUAUUCUCUGUUUCUUAAAUUUCUAUUUUGUUCUUAUAGUCUGCAAGCUUGAAGAAUACUGUGUAAAGACCGUGAAGAACAUUGUUUCUCCACAAGACAUCCGUAAACUUCCUCUUCCACCACUUAUUAUUAAGAAAAUUUCUUGGACAUCAUCAUGAUUCAAGUCAUUUUCAUGUAUGUGGUAUGAUGGGUCAGACCCAAGGAAUUGCAAUGUUUAAAGCAUUAUUUAGUAAACUUGAAUUGUAAAUACAGCUUUAAAGAUGCCAUUCAAAGGUGUCAUAAAAUAUUAAAAAUAAGCUGGUCAUUUGGCAUACAGCCCAAGUGCGAAAUGUACAAGUUACUUGCAAGAAGCAUUAAAUUCAGCUUAGUAUUUCUUUUAAUAUGCCCUUGCACAUCUCCCAUAAUGCGCCUUAUUUGCCCCCCAAAAUUUUGCACAAGCAUUGUUUUCAGUUUCUCUUGGGGCAGCUGUAAUAUUCAAAAGAAAUGAAAAACAAAGGUUAUGCAAAAUUUUGGGGGGGGG